AUGUUUGAUCCAAUAGAAGCGGCGGUGGCCGACAUCAAGGCGGGCAAAUUCGUCGUUGUCCUAGACGAUGAGGACCGGGAAAACGAAGGCGACCUGAUCAUCUCGGCUGCACUCUGCACAACGCGGCAAAUGGCAUGGUUCAUCCAACACACCUCUGGCUUUAUCUGUAUCUCUCUUACGCCGCAACGUAUUGCCGAGCUGGCGAUUCCGAUGAUGGUGCCGAACAACACGGAGAAGAACAAGACCGCCUACACCGUCACUGUCGACUACAAGCACGGCACAACCACCGGCAUCUCUGCACACGAUCGGGCGUUGACGUCGCGACAACUUGCCGACCCCACACUCGAAGCCAAGGUGGACGACUUUACAAGACCAGGUCACAUGAACCCGCUUCGAUACACCGAAGGCGGCGUCCGUGUGCGCAAAGGUCACACCGAAGCAAGCGUCGAUCUGUGCAAACUCGCUGGCCUACCACCAGCAGGACUGCUGUGCGAACUCGUCGACCCGGACGAUGAAGAUGGAGGCAUUGCAAGCCGGGAUGCAUGCCUCAAGUUCGCAAGCAAGUGGGGGCUCAAGGUGACAACUAUCGAGAUGCUCAAGAAGUACAGGGAGGAACACGAGGGAGAAUUGCCCAACGAUGUGCGUAGUGCCUUGAGCGACGACAAGGCAAGGGGCGUCAAGAUCGACGAACAGCAGGUCGUCCCCCCCACCGCAACCGUUUAG